GCGGCUUGUUAUUUCCUGAUUCUACUUCGUAGGUGUAAUAUAAUCUGUACUAGCUGUUAAUUAAUACUUUAUUUCCGCGAAGGUAAAACAUCUGUCUUCGUUCUAAACUGUACCUUGAAAAUGGAGAGUAUAUUUCACGAGAAGCAAGAGGGAUACCUCUGUGCCCAGCAUUGUCUCAACGCCCUACUUCAGGGGCCAUACUUUAACGCUGUAGAUCUUGCUAAUCUCGCUCAUCAGAUGGAUGAGGAAGAACGCAUCAGAAUGGCUGAGUCGGGCAUCGAUAGCGAAGAGUACAGGUUGUUCUUGGAGUCGAUCUUAUUUCAGCAACCAUCGGGAAACAUGGAUGACAGUGGGUAUUUUUCGGUUCAAGUCAUAAGCAGCGCCCUCAAAGUGUGGGGCCUUGAUUUAAUUCUCUAUAACAGCACCGAACCAACUGCCUUAAUGGCCCAGAAUGAUCCUUCAGGCAUGAGCGCUUACAUAUGUAACUACAAGGGGCACUGGUUCACCAUUAGAAAAAUUGGAAAGCAAUGGUUCAAUUUAAAUUCAAUGUUGAGUGGACCUCAACUUAUAUCCGAUACAUAUCUGGCAAUGUAUCUUGCUCAACUCUUGCAAGAAGGUUAUUCAAUUUUCAUCGUCAAGGGUCUGCUACCCGAGUGUCUUGCUGAUGAUGUAAUUGCACGCAAUCCCAUAAAGGCUACUUUAAGGGCAAAAGGAACUUUGGAAAUGCAAACGAGAAAUACCGAUGUGGGAUAUCGUUUGGGCACCAGGGAAGAGGAUGAUGCAAAAAUUCUUAAAACUGCUCUAGCAUUGGGUGAAGUCGAAGUUCCAGCUUCAUCCAGUUACGCGGCUUCUAAAUCUCCUAUCUCUGCAGCAACAUCUAGAAUGGGUAAUAGAAAUCAUCCAAACAUUCGAACAGUUAGUGAUAAGGCAAUGGAAAGAAUAAUACCGAUAAAAGUCGAGGGACGUGAUCGACCUGAUCGAGAAGAGGAUGCAGAACUGCAAAGAGCGUUGCAACUCAGCUUGCAAGAUAGUAACGAAGAUAUGGAGAGAUCGUUAAAACUCAGAUUGGAGAAUGCUGAGAAAAAUGAGCCAGAGAAUAAUCCCUUCCAUUCCGUUGCAGACGCCGAAGAGGACGAUGAUUUGAGAAAAGCGUUACAAUUAAGCUUGGAAUGUAUGACUACACCUUCCACUCCCGAUCCAGAAGACUUACGCUGGCGAAGAUUGGCCUUCUUGGGUAUACACAACAAUGACGCUACCCGAAAAUUGAAUACGUAACAAUAAUAAUACAUCAUGCAACAAGGGAAUAAAGCUGUAGUUUAUUCGAGGGAAUUUUCGAGAGGGCAGUAAGCCCUAAGGGAAUGAUUAGAUUUAUUCCUGCGUUGUAUAAAGGACUUUAUUCCCGACUCGACUAUAGAGACCACUUUUCGUCCCGCUGAUUCACGUUUUGUCCCGCAAAUUUACUUUUCUUCGUAAAAUGCGGGAGAAAAGUAUAGUAGGUAAUCAGAUUCAACUUUAGUCCCGCCUUUCAGGUCAAAAAAGUUGUCUUUACGGUUGAGUCGGGAAUAAGAAAUAUAUUUAAUAAUUUAAUCAUCAAGAGUUGUUAUCGCUGAAUGAAAAUCAAUUAUGUAAAUUUUAAAUUAACUAACGAGCAGUGGGAAAGACGUGUCAUUUUAUAACUAAUAUAAUUGAAAAAAUAAAGUCAAUUAAAGUUUCAA